CCCCUCCCCAUUCCCUCCCCCCUUUUUUUGCCUAUUCCUCCCUCGCCCCCCCCCCUCUCCCCCCUCGCCCAUCCCUACGGAGAUCGUCUUGCUGACGCGAGGCUGCCCUCUCCCCGUCUCCCGGCCAUCGCCGUCAGCCGCCUCUACUCGCUUCGGUCCCUGCCCUCGGCGCUGCUCCCCCGUCCGAAGAUGAGCAGCGCGCCGUACUCCUCGUCGCCAAGCGACCUCUUCCUGAACAAGAGCUCGGCCAGCCUGUCCAUCAUGGAGAGCCUCUCCCUGUCGGGACAUGUGGGCCGGCAGUCGCUCGCGGCCGCCACCCGGGGCGAUCCGCUUGUGGACGUGCUCCUGGACGCCACCUCGCCCCAUGGCGCGGACAUGGACUUCCUCUCCAGCAUCGGCCCAGCUGGGCGGCCACCUUCGCGGGAUUUCGCCGCCGCCUCCCUCCGGUCUUCCCUCUACUCGCCGAUCAGCUCCGAUGCCCUGCUCCAGGCCCCGGGGCUGUCGCCGACCACUGGCUUUGGUAGUUUCACCUCCGGGGGAAGCACCUCCCCAGGGCCUGUGCGGCCUGGGACCUGCCGGUGCCCCCCCUCUUCCCGGCCACAUGGCGGCCCUGGCACUCCGGACGUCUGCCACCGGUGCCUCAAUGCGCAACUUUACUCCUCGCCGGAUGGGGGGACGCCCACCGCCUCGGGGCAAGUUCCGCGCGACACCGGACCCGAUGCUCGGGCCCUGGCGGACAGCGUGUCAGACGAGGUCGUCCUCUUUCCCCGCGGCCCGGAAAAGCAUGUGCGCGUACGCCGGUAUCGAGGUCUGCCCACGCGCGAGCGGGCCCUCGGUAUCCUUCGGGAGACUGAGCGAGCUCUGUGCUCGCUGACCAUGGCCUGCUCGUCGGCCGUGAUCUCCGUGCCGCGCAAUGGCUUCGACAGCGAUCCGGAGGCAUCUAUCGGCAUGCCGAUCGACCAGGGUGACGAACAGUCAUGGCUGCCGGCACACUUCCACGAGGCGUCCGCGGGCUCCGGGACCGGCAGCGGCGCCCGAUCCGUACCUCAUGGUGGUCCCUUCCCCCGGUAUCCGAAGACCUACCUCGAAGCUUUGGAUUGCCUCAUUGAGAUCAUUCCUCGACUGCAUGACAUGUCGCGCUUGCUGCGUGAACGCUUCGACCCGGACUACGCCUCCGGCCUGGGCCAUGGGCGGCCGGCGGGAUCCUUGCCCCCGGAUUUGGCGCUCACCGUGUCGGUUGGCUGCCAGUCGGUCCUGCGUGUGUUGCUCAGCUACUCGGUGGCCCUGCGCUUCCGGAUCUUCGAGGCCGAGGGCUGGCUCACCCAGGGCGAGGCUCCCCAAAGCCGCCUGGUCCUCUUUGGCGGUGGGGACGCCGAGCGGCCGCAGUCUGCCUCGGAGGCGGCAUCCAUGAGGGCCGCCCCGUCGGCCACCGGCACCCCCGGCUGCUUGUCAGCUGCGUUCUGGCAACGGCGCCGGUCGCGGCAAAUUGUGGUGCGCGAGGCCCGCAAGGCCGCCGGCAUGCUGGACAUCUUUACCCUGGCGGUCAAUGUGCAGCUGGCCCAGGCGGACCGGCCUCCUGGACAUGUUGGUGGUCCGGGCACAGUCGGUGUGCUUUCCGAGCAGGAUCCUCUUUUCAGGUCGCGCUCGUCCGACAGUCCGUUUGUCCUGGAGGACGACCUGAUUCGCAAUCCGGCCCUUCGCAAGUGGGAGGAUCUACUGCACCAAUUUGACCCGUAUCCCUUCUUUGCAAACCCGGGCUACUUCCUUGUGGACCGGAUCACCCUCUUCAAUUACCUGCUCGUUCAGGCGACUGCCUCGGCGUCGCAGUCGAUGACCUACUCCUCUGCCCUAUUCAAGACCCUCUCCUUCGGGGUGUGGAACUUCCUGUACACGUUCAGCUAUGACCGGGCGGCCAAGCGGGCAGCGCAUUGCCUUUCUUCGCUGGCGCACGAUUUCGACUUUGUCAAGUUCCUGUGGAACCUGCCCGAGACGCCGGGCAUUCGGAACAUGUUCGAAUUCAUGUAUCACGACGUGCCGAACGACGAAAUGUUUUCCAUCCCCUCCUUCCGCCACCGUCCAAACUCUUGGUUCUGGGAUGCCCCGCCGGCGCCGGCCGGCGUGACCUACCGGAUUCCAUCCCCCGGGCCCGGCGGCUUCGGAACCGUGCCCAGCCCGGUGCCAGACCGGGCGGCGCCAUUUGUUUCGUACGAUGCGGCCGGCUUCGGCGGUGGCCCGGCCGCACGCCCUGGCUCAUCACAGUCAUCCCCCGGGUCGCUGCAGCAUGGUAGCCAUGCCUCCUCGGCGCCCCGGUGGCCGGCUGCCAGCCAGAGGCCCCGGGUCCAUUCGCACAAUGAACUGGCCGACAUCGCGGAUGCUCCUUCGGAUGGGAACCUCGGCGCCUUCAGCGAGUCGACUGCGCUGCUCGAUGCGGAGGCCCGGAUCCGCCGUUUCGACUCGCUGGAGGCCGAUGUGACCGAGCAGGCGACUCGUGCGCGCGGGCUCUCGCGUCCCCCCUCGAAGGAGCAGAUGGCUGGCGAUCCGUGGGCGGCUGCUGCAUCGACCACGGCCCCGACCCCGCCCGAUUCCGGAUCGGACGCCUCGCUUCCAGGCUCGGAGCAAGUCUUCCCGGCCGGUGGUCUAUACAUGUAUCCCCCGGUCAAGCAUCCCCUGCUGAAGAUGCCCCCCCUGCCGGCCGACUACCAGCAUGAGUAUAUCCGUGCCCGGUUCAUUUCCACGACCAGUCUUCCCUUUACGCGCACGCUGAAGUCCCGCGUCCGGCAACUGCCCUUCCGCAUUUUCGUCAAGGAUGAGGAGCCCAGCUAUGAGCGGAUGGUUGGCGGCCUGUAUGGUGACAUCCAUCUUGAUUAUCCCCUGAUCCCGGAGCUCACCCCGGCACUGAUCUUCCACGUCCAUGGCGGCGGCUUCGUGGCCAUGACCUCCUUCUCACAUGGGAAUUACAUGCGCCAGUGGGCCCUGGACACGGGGCUGCCGAUCCUCUCGGUGGACUAUCGCCUUGCGCCGGACUUCCCGUUUCCAGUGCAACUGGAGGAGUGUUGGCAGGCGUAUAGGUGGGCCGUGCGCAAUGCUCAGCGCCUCGGCACCUCGGCCGAGCGUAUCAUCAUCGUGGGCGACUCGGCUGGCGGCAACCUGGCCACUGCAUUGACUCUCAAGAUCAUCGCCGAGGGCUUCCGCCGGCCGGACCUGCUGGUGCUGGCCUACCCGGCCCUGUACCUCAUGAACUCGCCCUCUUGCUCGCGAGCCCUCUCUGCUUUUGAUCCGAUGCUCAACCUGAAUGUCCUCAUUCAGGUUCUGCGCGCGUACAAUCCAACACACUCAGAGUCGGCCUUCAUUUCUCCCCUCCUGGCGCCGGAUCAGGCGCUGGCGGAGUUCCCCCCGACGCGCAUCGUGGUUGGCGAGUUCGAUCCGCUCCUGGACGACUCGAUCCAUCUGUAUACCCGCCUGCAGCAGGUGUCCCACCAGGAUGUGGAGAUUUCAAUUCGUCCCCGGCUGCCCCACGGGUUCCUCAAUAUGACGGAUGUGGUGCCCGAGGCGCAUGAGGCCGUCACCCUGGUGUCCCUUUGGAUCAAUGAGCAAAUGUCCAAGUGGGGCUAUCGGGCCCUAUCUCUGGAUGGAGCCACCACUGGGCAGACGACAAAAACGACGACGACGGCGACGACAACUGCUGUUCCCGGGACGGCCGACGGUGCCACCACUGGCGCACCACCCCCGCGCGGGGGGGUGCCCCCUAGCGGGCGGUAAGUCGACAGAUAAAACAGGGAAGCCGAUCUCCCAGCGCCCCCAAUGCUGAUGCCCUUUGCCAUACCAACUCUUGCUCAGCCGUUGGAAGGAAUAGGUUAGGCUGCAUCUCAGGCGUUUUCUGUGUGCGUGUGUGUGUAUGUGUUGGUGCGUGUCCAGGAGAUGGCGCCUCGCCUGGGCAUUUCUUCGUCGACCUCCUCCUGACGGCCACCAUAAAAAACACCUCAUAGACGCAUGGCGGUUGGCUCCUAGCACAGGCCCCAUAGCUCAGUUGGUUAGAGCGUCGUGCUAAUAACGCGAAGGUCGUCAGUUCGAUCCUGGCUGGGGCCAAACUUUUUCCUGGGGCUCUCAAUCUGAAUGGUAUUUCAUUCUGCUGUGAGGUGCAUUCCUGAAUAUACGCUACGCGACUGCAGGGCAUGCGCACGCAUGCCACCCGGGACCCGGGCAAAAAUGCGCCAUCCGACUCGGCAAAGGCAUUCUCUUCCGUUCCUCCUCUGGGUACGGGAUGGCCACGCAUUUGGAAAUUUAAUAAUGGCGGGAUUAAAUCGAUUUGAUGCUGUGGGGGGUGCUCGGGCGCAGUGAUUCACAAUGUGUGUGUGUGUGUGUG